AAUAAUAUAUUCUAAAAAUGACUGGACGAGGUAAAGGCGGAAAAAUAAAAAGCAAGGCAAAGAGUAGAUCAACCCGUGCUGGACUUCAAUUCCCUGUUGGAAGGAUUCACAGAUUACUGAGGAAAGGAAAUUAUGCUAAAAGAGUAGGUGCUGGAGCUCCUGUAUAUUUGGCUGCUGUUAUGGAAUAUUUAGCUGCCGAAGUAUUGGAAUUAGCAGGAAAUGCGGCACGAGACAACAAAAAAACGAGAAUUAUACCUAGACAUUUGCAGUUGGCUAUCAGAAACGAUGAGGAAUUAAACAAGCUUUUAUGCGGUGUUACUAUUGCUCAAGGUGGAGUGUUACCCAAUAUUCAAAGCAUUCUUUUGCCCAAAAAAUCCGAAACAUCAGCUAAAUCUUAA